AUGUCUCCGCAAGGCGACCGAGGCGGUAUCCCUUGGGUACGGUUCGUCCAAGAACUGGGGAUGAUGCUAGUUACGGGCAUGGUCGCAUACGGUGGCGUCAAAUUAGUUUUGAAUCAUCUUACACCUCCGGACCCAGAGAAUCAGAAGAAGGAGGAACAACGGCAGAAGUCAGCGGCCAUUUUGCGCAAAUUAUACGGAGACGAUGAAUCAAAGGGUGGUGUCCGAAAAAGCGAGCUCGUUCUCAACCAAUAUGAACAAGCGAUUGCCGCGGAACUUGUCGACCCGAAAGAUAUUCCUGUUCGGUGGGAUGACAUUGCGGGCCUCGAUGAUAUUAUCAAGGACCUCAAACAGUCCGUGAUUUGGCCAUUGAUGUACCCGAAAUUGUUCGCCGCCAACCCAGCAACUCUCCGAAGCGCACCGUCUGGUGUUAUCCUUGAGGGACCACCUGGCUGCGGAAAGACCAUGAUCGCUAAGGCGCUGGCGGCCGAAAGCGGGGCUUCUUUUAUCAAUUUGAAUAUCUCUACAUUGACGGACAAGUGGUACGGAGAAUCCAAUAGGCUCGUUCGCGCAGUCUUUACCCUCGCGCGCAAGGUCCAGCCUUGCAUUAUCUUUAUUGAUGAAAUCGACGCGCUUCUUGCGAAACGGUCCGAACGCGAUCACGAAGCAAGUGGAAUGGUGAAGGCGGAGUUUAUGACACACUGGGAUGGUCUCCAAUCAGAGAGUUCGACUGAAGGACGCCAACGAAUUGUUGUCUUCGGAGCCACCAACCGCAGCGACGCUAUCGACAAGGCCUUUAUUAGACGUCUGGGUGGUAAGCCCAUCGAGGUGAGACCUCCAGAUGCAAGGGGCCGUGCCAUCCUUUUCAAAAAGCUUCUCAAGAACGAUUUCGUGGAUUGGGAGGACCUGGACCUUAAAGAGGAGAAGGAAGAUUUGAUUAAGAUGGAUAUCAGCGAGUUAUUACAGAAGCCGUUGAUCCGCAGAACAGAAGGCUGGACCGGCAGCGAUAUCAAGGAUGCAUGUGUCAGAGCGGUUAAUACCACCACACCUUACGAGACCAUCGAGGCUAUGCUGUCGACCGGCAAAGAUUUGAACCAAAUCGCCACAGAAGAGGUGCUGGAGCCCGUCCGCUUAAGCAAUUUCUUCAAAGAUGUGGAGUUCAAGUCUAUCCCGGUGAAAUUACCAGUUGCACCAGUCAAGACAGUCGAGGAGAAGGAGGAUUGGUAUACUGAAUCUGAAACCGCCUCGACUGGAAACCACUCUAUCCGACCAGAGUCUCCUGAGUGA